AUGAAGAAUACCUCUACCUCGACUGUCAAGUGUCCCGAUUAAUAGCCUCUUUAGUAGUUGGCGAAGCUCUUAGGCAAAAGACUACGCUCUAAAAUUCUCAUUAACAACAUACCACCAUAAUAGGCUUAGGAUGAGUAAAAAGAGAACUAGAAACCAGGUUUGAAUAAGCGAUUAAGAAUUAGGAAGGAUCAGUAAUAGUCUCAGCAGUCAAAUACCACCACAUAAUAAUAAUUGAGGGAGACUGCCACUGUUACUUCAGCCAUUAAUCAUAAGUUGGGAGCACCAGUGACAGGUGAAAAUAUAUCUUCUCUUAGUGGCUCAACACUUCUUGACGAACUACAGAGGGAUAGUAUGAUGAAUGGCGGAAAAGAUGAGGAUUUUAAUGACACUUAAAGUUUAACGGCGAGUGAUUUUGAAGUUUUGAACAAGGAAAAUUUCUUUGAUAGAAUUAACGAUGCAUUCACUUUUACUUCUCAAAUUAAAAAUUUAAACAAUAAUGAUAAUAAGCCUACAAUCUCUAAAAAUACCAGAUCAAGCUAAUAGACUGCUAGAUAGAGAAAAGAGGAUAGCAAGGUUCAAGCUGUUGCUCAAUUGAGUAAUCUGACAGCAAUAUCCUCUUACAUGAGCUAAAGUCACAAGGCUUUGAAUGAGACAUCUUAUUAAUCCUCGCAAAAUGAUUUAACUGCUCAAGCAUUGGUAAAAAAUUCGGCCUUCUCUCUUUAAUUUGAGGUUGAUCAGGUUACUGGCUUACCAAAAAUACCUGCUUAUGAGAAAACUCUUAACUAUAUGGAUGAAUAUUGGAAUGUGUACCUACAGAAUCAGGCUUUAUUAGCAUAGAUUGAUAAAAUAGCAACAGAAAGAAAUGAUCUAUUGCACAAGUCAUUUAAAAUAUAAAACUUCUAUGAUGAAAAUUUGGACAGAUUCUAAAGUGAGAGAUAUAGCUCUGGUAGAAAGAAGCAUAAUAGACGUUGUGCAAAUGAUAUCGAGAGAUAGUAUAAAUGCCCCUAUCCAAAGUGCGAAAAGUUCUAUGGGUCUGAAGGAUCUUUAAAUCUUCAUAUAAAGAUAAAGCAUAAUGGAGGAAAUAAGACUGAUAGGGAAAAAAUUGCUAAGUCCAUUGUCUUCGCUCAAGCAAACGGUAUUAAUUUGCCUGAAAAUUUUGACUUGAACUUGCCACCUGGAUCUGUUGAGAAAGCUGCUACAUAAGUUGGAGUGAGCUUAGACUCUGAGAGCAUAAAAAAGCUGGAAUAGGAUUUGACAGCAAAGAAUGAACUCACAGCUAAAAUGAUGAAGGAACAAGAAAUGCUGAAAAAUCAUAUGCAGUACCAAAAAUCAAAUAAUAUGUCAAUGAGUCAAACUAUUUACCCUCCUAGUAUGAUUAAGUCAUUUGGAGAAAAGCCUAACCAAGGGCAAGGCUAAUCAAACAGCAAUAAUGAUGAAAAUAGCUUCAAAAUGCCUACUCCUGUAAAUAAGCUCCACAAAAAUCAUUCUAGUAAUUCAGAAAAUAACCCAAACAUCCUUCCAUAAAAUGGAAAAUCAAGUAUAAUAUAACCAUACAAACCACUAAACUAGUCACCUAGAGUGGCAUUUGGAGAGAACACAAACUCUAUUCAUCAACAUUCCAAUCUAGUCCACUUGGCUGACCAUAACUCGAGCAUUUAUUCCUAAGAGAAUAAGAUGUUUGACAAAAACGAUAUGAAAAGGAUAAACAACUAAAAUCAAUAUAAUCAAAACUCAAAACACUAAUCGUCGCCUUAUACAAACUAAUCUCCCUUAAAGAACUCAAAUUUCAAUAAUUAUGGAAACACCAUGAAUAACAAUGCCGCAUCUAUUUCGAACACCAGGCAGUCAAAGAGGUUCUGA